ACAACCUUGGACGAAGUAUUUAAAACAUCACUGGUGCUAUUUCUCUUUGCAUAAAACACAGAGGGAACCUUAUCCAGGAGACAAAAACGCCAUGGCUACUUCUAUGGCUACAAAUAUCGUUGCUGAUGGAUUCACAAGCAAAUCAAGAUUAAAAAACGCCAAGGUCAAAGACCCACCAAAAUGCGGAGCUUUUAAAGAAAGACCGGCCGCUAAAACAAGCUUUCGAAAGUUUUACGAAAGAGGAGAUUUUCCAAUCGCUUUAGAGCACGACACAAAGGGAAAUAAGAUUGCAUGGAAAGUUGAACUAGAGAAGCUUGACUACCAUCAUUACCUUCCCUUGUUUUUCGAUGGAUUGCGAGAAACAGAGCAUCCCUACGAGUUCUUUGCACGACAAGGCGUUCAUGAUAUGUUAGAACAUGGAGGACAGAAGAUCCUUCCUGUUGUUCCACAACUUAUUAUUCCUUUAAAACGCGCACUGAAUACGAGAAAUCACAAGGUCGUCUGUACUACGUUGAAGGUUCUCCAACAUCUGGUCAUCUCGGGGGAAAUGGUUGGCGAAGCUCUAGUCCCCUACUACCGUCAAAUUCUUCCAAUUUUAAAUAUUUUUAAGAAUAAAAAUAUAAAUUGUGGAGAUCGCAUUGAUUACAGCCAACAACGACGUGAAAACAUGGGAGAUCUUAUCCAAGAAACCUUGGAAAAUUUCGAACGCACCGGAGGAGAAGAUGCCUUUAUAAACAUCAAAUAUAUGGUGCCUACAUACGAGUCAUGUAUGCUAAACUAAUUUAGAACGAAACUGUAUAUUAGGAUGUGUAUUGUAUGCUGAUCAAUGUGAAUAAACUGCUUUAGCCCGAGAACGUUUAGAGUAAUUGCUACAUUUUAUUGUAAUAUUUCUGGGAAAUGCAUUGUUAGUGAUCAUCAUCAGGUCAUAUGUUCCAAGAUCUAGUCAUUUUUGAAGAUCUUGUUUGGUUAUAAGCAUGCUGAACUGUAUGGAGUAUAAAUGUUUAAAUG